AUGACCACUCCUUUGAUAUUAGGUGCAAAACCCUCGGUUGGUAAACGCGGGAUAGACGAAAACAGCGCUCUGGCGCCCAAGCCCAAAAAGAGACACGUGAACAAGGCCCCUACAUCGGAGGUCAUUGAAAUUGAAAGCGCUGACCCCCCUCCAACCGGCCGGGUGAUUACCAUUGCAACAACCUCCUCCCUCCGAGUUGCCUCUACACCACCACCAGCCCCCGAUACCCCUGUCAUUCUUCCAACUCCAUUGCGCCCGUCUGACCCAGACAAGCCUCUUUCUUCUUCCCCGAGCAUCACACCAGAUAAACAGGCGCCUAUCAUUGCAAUGUCACGUCUGGAGCCCAUGGAAAUUCCUAUCACAACAAUACCAACUCCCACCUCAAUUGUACCUGAAGGCACUCCCACAUCAACUAACCCUGUUGCAACCACAAGUCUCUCGUCAACUACAACUCCAAAUCUCUCCACACCGCUUUCACCAUCCAUUGUCAACCCAAUCAUUGAAGCCCCUCCACAGGCUGCAAUGCCUAGCACUACUGGAAGACUUUCGUCUCAAUCUUCAGCAGAAGAGGCUGCUCAGGAAGGAAUGGUUACUCAUCAAAGCAGGUUCAAUCCUCUCACUGGCCUCAAGGUACCAAAGCCUCCAUUCAAAGUCCCCGCGCCGCCAGCCAUGACAUCCGCUCCCACUGUGGUACAGCCAGUGCCAAAGAAAGGGAAAUUGAUGGUGCCGUCAAAGACGUCUCUGACAGCACGGAACCUCUACGCACUCGAUUAUGAGAAGGAUCAUAGUGUUACGAACACUGAAUUCAAGGAGAUCUGGGAUAAUCUCGACGCCGAAACCCUCAAACGAUACGAAGCACUGAGCAAGCAAAGAAAGGCGGCGAUGAAAGCAACGAGUGCCACGUAA